UUCCAUUUAAACCUGUUGAAAGCUCAUUUCUAAACACACCUCAGUAACUCAGAUACCUUCUUCUCCUUGUAAAACACAUCUCAAACACUUGUUCCCUAACUCCCAAAUGGAUUCAACAAAUGGUUUUGUUAAUCACUCUUUUGUGAACCUCCUAACUAGCCAAGAAGAUAACCCUUACGGUUACUCGCAAACCAUAGAUCUUAGGUCUCCUGAAGUGCCACGGUUUAGCAGCCAAGAAGAUCCAACUUUAACGCAAGAGGACCGAAGUGUUAGGCGGAAGUGGACACCACUUGAAGAUACUGUCUUGAUCAGUGCAUGGCUAAAUACCAGCAAAGAUCCGGUGGUUGGCAAUGACCAGAAAGCAGGCGCAUUUUGGAAAAGAAUUCAAGCAUAUUUCAAUGCAAGUCCACAAGUGGUGGGACUACCAAGGGAGGCCAGUCAUUGCAAGCAGAGAUGGGGAAGGCUUAAUGACCAAGUGUGUAAGUUUGUGGGGGCGUACGAGGCGGCUUUGAAAGAGCAGUCGAGCGGACAAAAUGAAAAUGACGUUGUCAAAGCUGCUCACCAAAUCUUCUUUAAUGACCACCAGUUCAAAUUCGGACUUGAGCACGCGUGGAGGGAACUACGCCACGACCAGAAAUGGUGUUCAGCAUCGGCGAUUAAGGAUGCUGAGUUGAAGAAAAGGAAAAAGUUUGGAGACUCAUCAGUUGAAAACCCUACUUGCCAAUCAAAAGGUCAUGGAGACGACUCACCAGUUCGUCGUCCGGUUGGUGUGAAGGCAGCCAAGGCUGCGAAAAAUAAAAAAGGUAAUAGCCAAAAACCGGAUGAUGUAGACAAGGGAAAAGGCCUCUUGCAGGUACAGUCCAUGUUCGAGCUUAGACAACAGGACAUGGAUUACCGAGAGAAGCUUUCAAAUCGAAAACUGCUUCAGUGUCUCCUAUCCAGAAUCGAACCACUAACUGAGACUGAAUUAGCUCUUAAGGACAAAAUCAUUGCCGAUCUUUUGUCAUAAUGUGGUUUCUUUGGUCUAUGGUGCAAAGACUGAGAAAACUGUGGAGGGGCCAAGUUGGACCAGUGAUCGUGACAAGUACUAUUGGUUUUUUCUUUUGCUCACCACAAAA